UGUCAUGCCAUACAUGUGACGUUGUAACCACCAAGAUUAUUUUGUCAGAAAAGUCGGUUCGGUAAAUUGAACUUGGUGUUGUCUCUGGCGCUUGAAAUUGUUUUUACUGCAAUCAAAAAAGUAUUGUGCAUGUUAUUAACUCUCUUUCCGGCAACACGGCAAGAAAAAAAAAACUUUCGUUUCAGUGCGACUAACGUAUAUUGAAGUGGCUCAUUAACAACGCGCUCAUUGAUUCGCAUAAACAAUCUUGCAUUUCGAUUUUUCGUCAAUAUAAUAUAUACAUCGAGAGAGCAAUAUAGUUUCUAUUUAAUUGUGAAUUUCAUAUGUUAUUUUCAUUACAAUAAAAUGUUUGAUUGUUUCAAUAAAAUCAACAUUCAAAAUAGAAACAUUGUGCAGUGAUUGUGUGUGUGUUAGAGAGAAAAACAACGUUUUAUAGAGAAAUUUUAUUUUAUUUAUUUAUUUAUUUUUUUUUAACUUUUUGUCAAUGUAAAAUUUCACGUUGAAAUUGUACACAUACACAUAACAUAAUGACGUUGUUGAGUAAAAUAAGCAACAUAAAUCCAAUAUCGCACACAACCAUCACACAAAAGGUCAUUUUGGCAUCUGUAUCGGCUGGUGUGGUUUUAUUGAGUGUUUUGGCCAGAUAUUUGGGCCGUCGGAAAACUUCGCGGCCGAUUCGCCGUCCAAGAACAAUUGUUAGUGGCAGACGCACCAGAAAUAGCAUGCGAUCACCAAAUGAUAUAACAUCUUUAGCUGGAUCUAAAGUAUCAGCGCGUUCCAUAUCGCCUGGUGGUUCUAUUGUCGCCCUUUCCGAUCGCCUUUCUUUGGCAUCGGGCUCAUUGCCAGCAGCUCAUGAUAAUCCUCUAUCACCGCAGCAACUCGGUGUCAUGGGGAUGGAAGCUCUAGAGACUGUUAUCAAUUUUUGGGAAGACGCACUAGUUGCAUACGAUACACCAACAACACCUGAAGAAUCAGAGUUUUGCCGUGAAAUUCAAAGUUUAUUGGAUCUUGCAUGGCAAUUACAAGAUCAAAGCGAAUUACUAUUUCUUGAUCAACGAUCAAUAUUAUUCCGAAACAGUCAUGCUGCAGAGAAUAAUGCACUUCAUCGAUCCAUGUCCGAUCCAAACUUUGAUUCGGCCGAAAGUUUUGCAUCCGCUCUCGAUCAGAUCGCUGAUAUUAGAGAAUUUGAAGAGUUUGCCGAUACUAUACCAGAUAUGGAACGAUAUCCAUUAUAUCAAAGUGCAAUACGACAUUUUGAAGAAACGCCCAUUCCAGUUCGAAUGAUGCGAACAGAGAUGGUCAAUUGUACAUCUGAUUUGGAGUACCUAGCCAAAUUACAUUGCAUUCGCUUAGCAUUUCAAUAUAUGUUCAAAGAAGAAUCAACUGGACGAUGGGUGGCUGAUACUGGCCGUCAAAUUUUAACGGAUCUAUUAUGUUUGGGUGAUAAAGAUCCAAAAGACUUUUUAGUUGGUUACGAAGCAAUGUUAGAAUUUUUACAAGAUCAAAGUAAUUGGCCAGCCAUCGAAAAGGAAUUGGAAGCCAGAAAUGUUAAAGCAAUGACAUUUUAUGAUGUAGUCUUAGAUUUUAUAAUUCUUGAUGCAUUCAAAGAUUUGGAUGCGCCACCAGCAAGUGUUACAGCCGUUGUUAACAAUCGAUUUUUGUCAAAUGGAUUCAAGGAAACGGCAUUAACGACGGCUGUUUGGUCGGUGCUGAAAGCCAAACGUCGUAUGUUAAAAUUCUCAAAUGGUUUUAUGGCACAUUUUUAUGCCAUAUCUGAACAAAUAUCACCUCUUAUGGCCUGGGGAUUUUUUGGUCCCGAUGAGAAUUUAAGCGAAGUAUGCCACUAUUUCAAAGAACAAACAAUGGGAUUCCUCAAUGACAUUUUUAAUUUUCAAAAGUGUCGAUAUACCACUGUUGAAGAAUUGUCCGCUGACAUUUACCAAGAAAUGAAGAACCGUGUUGCUAAUAUAAGUGUUAAAUUUAGUCAAUAAGCUCUACUUUACACCGACACAUACAACGUAUAAUCAAUUGUUAGUUUAGAAAUCCUUUUGCCAAAUCGACUGACACUUUACAAAUAAAUAAAUGAAUUAUUGAACAAAUAAAGAAGAACUAACGG